GUCAGCAUUCCAGCUCCCUUUUCAACUGCUGUCCCCCUGCUGUACCUCGUUUGUUCCACAUCUCUUGCAAUUACUGCACACUCUACCGUUAACGUAGUUUAUUACCUCGCAAAAGACAGCCUGAGAAAUUAAAUAAAUAGAUGGAUAGAUAGAUAAGGUCUGCUUUUGAUAGCUAAAUUACGUGUCUGGCAAAGAGUAACCAGACAGAACUGCCGGGGCUGCGGGAAUUACUGCCAGCAGCACUCCGCGCCAGCCACCUCCCUCCUGGGCGCCCUUCCGACCCCGGGGUGGCGGGGCGGGGCGGCCUAUAGGACGCGCCCCUUCCACGGCGGAAGUGCGCACGGAGCCCGACUGACGGUAACGGGGCGCCAGGCGGCUCGGCGCUGAAGCGGGUGCGGGCCCGGGAGAUAAGCAGCGGCUCAAGCACGACCCUGCCCCGCGUGUGGCUGGUCCGCAGCCGACGCCGGCACUAUCUUUGGGGUCGCAAUUGCUGCCACCCUGCCGGCUCCCGAAGCGCCCUGGUGACGCUGCAGCGAGCGGGACGGGCGCGUCCGCAGCCCUAAGCGCGGGGCGGGAUGCGCGUGCGCGGAGCCGGGAGUGGGCGGGCUGACCGUGUGGGACGCCCAGCGGCUGUGGGGCCGUAGGUGCAGCUGAAUGGACGACGCUGCGCAGCAGAGGUGUUCUUGCUUUCUAACUCAGUUGAGACAAUGGCCAACUUUGAACAGAACUUCCAUCAGGAAAUGGUUUCCCAGCUGCAUAAUUUUGCUGCGGUGGGAGACGCAGCCAGGCUGAAAGCGUUGCUCAGCCGUUCCCCAUCACUGCUCAAUGCGACUGCAGGUAAUGGCUGGACAGCCCUGAUGUACGCUGCGAGAAACGGACACUUUGAUGUUGUGCGGAUUCUUCUCGAAGGAGGGUGUGACAGGUCCAUCAUUAAUAAAUCAAGGCAGACAGCUCUGGACAUUGCUAAAUUUUGGGGGUACAAGCACAUUGCUAAUUUGUUGGCUAAUGCAAAAGGAGGUCAGAAGCCUGGUUUUCUGUCAACUGAAGUGAAAGGAUAUUCAAAUUAUUUUGGCACGACACUUCUGGACCGAAGAAGUGAUAAAAGAAUAGAUUCCAAGUGGCUAAGCAAAAAACAAAGCCAUCCUGCUACGGUAUACAUACUCUUCUCAGACCUAAAUCCAUUGGUUACUCUGAGUGGGGGAACAGAGAAGUUGCAGCAGCCAGAAGUCAGGCUUUGCAGACUGCACCACAAGGAUGUGGAACAGUGCAUGAGCCAGACUGAAGAAGUCACCUUGAUUUUUCUUGGAGUUGAUCUGCAGUUACACACAAAUCUUUUCACUGCUCACAAUGGGGAGGCUCUACAAGAAGGUGAUGAUGAUGGACUUGUUGCUUGGUUUGCUCUUAGCAUAAAUCCUACUUCUGCUGAGAGAUUUAAACAGAAGCAUGAGGACUGUUAUUUUCUUCAUCCACCAAUGCCAACACUGCUGCAGCUGCCUGAAAAUGAAGCUGGAGUAGUAGCCCAGGCUAGAUCUAUUCUAGCAUGGCACAGCCGCUACCGUUUCUGCCCAACUUGUGGGAGCACAACCAAGAUUGAAGAAGGUGGCUACAAGAAAACUUGUGUAAAAGAAGAUUGUCCCAGCCUCCAAGGUGUUCAUAACACAUCAUAUCCGAGAGUUGAUCCUGUUGUGAUAAUGCAAGUCAUUCACCCAGAUGGGAAUCACUGCCUUCUAGGUAGACAAAAGAGGUUUCCUCCUGGAAUGUUUACCUGUCUUGCUGGAUUUGUAGAACCUGGAGAAACAAUAGAAGAUGCUGUUCGAAGAGAAGUAGAAGAGGAAACUGGAGUCAAAGUUGGCCAUGUUCAGUAUGUCUCUUGUCAGCCAUGGCCAAUGCCCUCCUCCCUAAUGAUUGGCUGCUUAGCUGUUGCAGUGUCUACAGAAAUUAGAGUUGACAAGAAUGAAAUAGAGGAUGCCCGCUGGUUCACUAGAGAACAAGUCGUGGAUGUUCUCAUUAAAGGAAAUCAGCGUUCGUUCUUUGUACCACCGAGUCAAGCUAUUGCACACCAGUUGAUAAAACAUUGGAUUGGAAUGAAUGCUAAUCUUUGAAUUAAAUUCUUUCUUCUAAUGAAUUCUAAAAUUAGGAAUGAAUUUAAAAGAACUGCUUAUCUAUUUUUUCUGCAGCCUUGUAAAUUUUUGAGUCUUUAGGUUUCUGAGGUUGCAAAUCUUUACAGAUUUUUCAGAUCUGAGUGAAAACUGAGGGAAACUCAGUGAAUAUCCCAAGGAAGCAGACAACGUAUAGACAAAAUGAAUAUUUUAUUGUGCCCAGCUACUUUUAUGUGUUUGUGAUUUUUGAUCAAAUUACUAUGUCUGUCAUUAUUAGGCUCUUGAUGUUGAUUUGAGUUUUUCUAUCCCUCCAUGGAAGGAGUUAUUACAUUACAGGAAGGCCUAACCUUUCCUUUAGUCUGAACUCUGCAUUUAUAUCCUCCGGUUUUCUCAUUAGUAUUCUCAUUUUGUCCUAUCUCCAUUUUUAAAAUUCUACAUGGCAAGGAAAACACCAGUGUUUCAGAGUUGAAACUUCUGUCAGUAAGUUAUUUUUGAGCUAAUAGCAUCAUUAAGUAGUAAAUAUGCAGUACCUUUUGUCUCUUACAUGAAGAACAUUCUAAGCAGCACAUUUAUUCCUGCAGAUCCCCCAGUCUGAUUUGGCCAGCAUUUAAUCAGUUGUGUGAACUUGAAUUUAAAUUUCUAACACAGCACUCUAUUUAUGAAAAAUGCAUUGGAAAAUCUUUCCAAAAAUCCUAACUGUCUUUAUAUAAGAUAAUGUACUUAGUGACAGUGAGUUAUUUCAUUCUCUGAUAGAAAUGGAAUUGCAGAGUAAUGGAGGAGAAAAGUGGAUUAUUUAAAAGAUGUGAAAAUAUAUACAAAGCUGUUCUAUAGAAAUUGGGGCAGUAGGUUGUUAAUGCUAUUAAGAAUUUACAGUUGAUAGAAUUAUAAUCAACCCCAGCUGUAUGAUUGAGAAGGCAAUAUACUAAUUAUUUACUUAAGUGUUUUUAAUGCUGUAGUUCAGAUUUGUGCCUUAAUUUAUUGUUAUUGAAGAAAUAUAAGCUUAUAUGAAAUGAAAAUGGAAGGUUAUAAAAGUAUACAGUUGUUAAUGUCAUUAUGUUAUGAAUCAGUACUCUGUAACAAUGCAGCAGUAUAAAAAGAAAUAGAAAUGGCCAGGAGGCAGUGGGGUUCAUAAGAAUUAGCAUAGUGCUUUGUUUAUUCAGAAUAAUAUGAAUAUUUUUUUAAUCAAUGUAAAAAUUGUUACAAAAUUCUUUUAAUUCCAGAAUCAUUAAAAAUGUUCUACAGAUCCUAAUACUUACUUCUUUCUAUUCAACAUUACUAUUAUAGCAAUAAUUUUUUUGUGGCAGUAGGCAUCAAGCUUUUAAGGAAGAAACUCUUCUGACAGUUAGAACAGGUGAUGAAUCAUACAUUGCUUCAUUCUCUUCCUUGUUUCACCCAUACCUACAAAUUAAGAAAAUAAGGGUAUCACUUGAGCUGUGUGAAAUUGAGAAGGAAACAAUGCACUGCUUUGCUUUAAGAUCUCUUUUACAGAGGAGAGGUAAUAUGAGAAGUUUUCAUGGACUAUCAAUACUUACAGGACUGCACAUGGUUAGUGGAAUUAAUCUUUUGAAAAAUCAGUGUCAAACAGAAGGAAGUCUAGUUGCAGCUUCUUCAUACAGAUAGAGAAGAGUGGAGAGCAUGAGACAGUAGUGGAGAAAAAUGUUAAGAAAGAUGAACAAGAAGGGAAUGAGGAGCAGGUGGAAGAAACAGAAUAAUGCAAAGAGCAAAUAUAGAUUAUAUAAGCUAUUUAUCACACUAAGAUAACUAAAAAUAUAUGUAAAGGUUCCAUCCUAAUAUUAGCUUUUCAUGUAGGAAAUUAUAUGUAUGGGUGGGUUGCUAUAGCAAUAAGUUUGUAACUGGAACUCAGAAGAAGGUGCCCAUAGCCAAUGUUGAGAUUCAGUUGAGAUUCAUUAUAGAUUCAUUGAGAAUCUAUAAUAAAAUCUCUUAUUAAAAAUGUUCAUAAAUAACUUUAAAAAUGAUCGUUUACAGAAUGAAAAGAGCAGAAAAAAAAUUGAUUUGAAAAGAAGAUGUUUUUAUCUGAGAUUGUGAAUAAGAUUUUAAUCUCUUACUUGUUAUAGCUGGUAGUUAUAAUUUUAACAUAUAUACAUGCUUGAAAGCUGAAUCAUGGACUCAUAGAAUGGCCUGGGUUGAAAAGGACCGCAAUGAUCCCCUAGUUCAACCCCCCUGCUAU